UCUGUUAAUCAGUCGUCUUCUAAAAUAAUCACAAUCAUUUUCUUGUUUAUUGGGUCUUUGUGAAAACCACAAACUCCUCUUUCAUGCUUGCAAUCUACUGUUGUUCCAUUCCUUAGGGACAGGGUCAUUGUACCUACCACUGAUAACUCCACCUCUUCCCCCUCCUUUUUGUCUCUUUUUUUCUCUCUCUUUCCGCCCCUCCCAUGACCCAUUACCCAUCGCUGCAAUUCACAAAGACUGUUGUUGGUGGUGCAGAGUUCGGUCAGGAAUCAAUAUUUAGGCCUUUGGGGAGAUUAGCAAGGGUACAAUCCAGUAUAGAUUCAGCAACUCAGUUGGCCCACAUUGGGUUUUUGGCAAAAGCUCCACCGGAACUACCGUCAUCUGUUGAUGGGUUUCUUGGAGAUGGGGUUGCUUUUGGGCUGCCGUUUCGGGUAUAUCUCUUCCUGCUCCGGGGUUGUUUUCUGAGUGGUGGAUCUUGAUCUGAGAUUUUUGUCUGCACCUGUUUGGUUUUCUGGAGGAGGGUUGUCCCGGCGAGGAGAUCAAGUAAACCAGGAAAAUGUCUUCUGGCGGAGCACUCAAUGAUUCACUAUCUCAGAAGACGCCUGUUCUAGGCCUCAAGGUUUGGGUUCUAAUUGGAAUUUCUGUUGGAGUCUUCAUUGUGUUGAUCCUCGUUGCUCUAUCUGUUUGGCUUACUUCUCGGAAGAAAUCGAGAACAACUGUGGAUAAUUUUCCGCAAAGCCAGAUACCAACAGUCUCGAAAGAAAUCAAAGAGGUGAGAGUGGAGCAAGUAGCAGCUCAUGAUUUUGCUCCUCGAGAUGGGAUUCUGCUAACCAUCCAUGACAAAUCCAGCGAUAAAGAAUCUGAUAAGGUCAUGGUCCACGUUGGUGUUGGUAAGAUGAAAAAUGCAGAUAAUAGCAGCCAUUCAGGAUCAUUCCAUCACACAGACAAGGAUUGUGCAUCACAGUCUGGUGAUGAGGGGAGUUCAGGGACAAUCACUAUAUGCAGGGGCACUUCUUCGUAUCCUAUCACUGCUCCUUCACCAUUGAGUGGGCUACCAGAGUUCUCUCAUUUGGGUUGGGGCCAUUGGUUUACUCUGAGGGACCUAGAGCUCGCAACUAAUCGUUUUUCUAAAGAUAAUGUGCUUGGGGAAGGUGGAUAUGGUGUGGUCUACCGUGGUCAGCUGAUCAAUGGAGCUCCUGUAGCUGUAAAGAAGCUGCUGAACAACUUGGGUCAAGCGGAAAAGGAAUUCAGAGUGGAAGUGGAAGCAAUCGGUCAUGUCAGACACAAAAAUCUGGUCCGGCUUCUUGGUUACUGUGUGGAAGGAAUUCAUAGGAUGCUGGUCUAUGAAUAUGUCAAUAAUGGAAACCUAGAGCAGUGGCUGCAUGGAGCCAUGCGCCAAAGAGGCUUUCUUACUUGGGAAGCUCGUAUGAAAGUCAUACUUGGUACUGCUAAAGCGCUAGCAUACUUGCAUGAGGCGAUUGAGCCAAAAGUUGUGCAUCGAGAUAUAAAAUCUAGCAAUAUACUAAUUGAUGAAGAAUUCAAUGCUAAGGUGUCUGAUUUUGGACUUGCAAAGCUUCUAGGUGCUGGGAAGAGCCAUAUCACAACUCGGGUUAUGGGAACUUUUGGCUACGUGGCUCCAGAAUAUGCAAAUACAGGGCUCUUGAAUGAGAAAAGCGACAUUUAUAGCUUUGGUGUCGUGUUACUAGAGGCUAUAACUGGUAGAGAUCCUGUUGAUUAUGGUCGUCCUGCAAAUGAGGUUAAUCUCGUGGACUGGCUUAAAGUGAUGGUGGGCAGUAGGCGCUUUGAAGAAGUGGUGGAUCCAAAUAUAGAAACCAGGCCACCAACACGGGCCCUUAAACGGUCUCUUUUAGUUGCAUUGCGGUGUGUUGAUCCUGAUUCUGACAAGAGACCCAAAAUGGGCCAAGUAGUUCGCAUGCUUGAAGCAGAGGAGUUCCCCUUACGUGAGGAUCGAAGGCAACGCCGAAGUCAAGCAGGAAGCAUGGAAAUUGAAUCUAUGAGAGAAAGCUCUGACACUGACAGAAAUGAUCGCGUGGAUUCGCGAUCAGACAGUAGGAGGAUGAGAGCAUUGGAGAAGUGAUUGAUUGAUCAAGGGAUAAGAAAGCCUAUAUUCACCUUUUUUAUUUUUCCCUUUUUCUUUUUUGGAAACUCCUUUUGGGACGGGCUUACUACUGAGGAUCUGCAAGAGGCAUGCUACUGACCCGACAUUCAGCUGGGUGGCAGGGGGAAAUUUCCUAUGCAUCUCUUUUCUUGUAAAGGAUGGUGGAGAGAAAGAAGCUAUCUCUGUAUGAUGUUAUUUUUUCUUUUCUUGUUUCUGUUUCAUUUUCCCGAGUUGCAUUGAACUCUCCUGUACAGAAUUUCUCGGUUCUUUGUAGAACUUGAUUGGUUUGUUUUUGUUACCUGAAGGAAAUGAAUAUGCUUCUCCAUUCC